GUAUUGAAACUCAAAUUACUAAUGAAAAUGAUUUUGAUAUAUUUACUAAAAAGUAUUUUCAAGCAAUUUCUAAGCAAAAAGAAGUUUUUAUUUUGAUAACAAUUACUUCUAAAAAGUAUAAAGGCAAAACAACUAGGAUUAAUAGAUUUAAUGAUACAGAUUCUUCACCUAAUCAUCUAAUAUUUCAAGCUCUACUGAAGCCAAGAGGAAUAAAAAACUGUGAUACUGCUUUCUACUUUACAAUAUCAACUACAAAUUACUCAAAAUUCAGGACUAUUCCUAUACUAGAAGAAUUUUUUUAUAAAGUAGAUAAAGAAGAGAAUACUAAUAGAGAAAUUGCUAAACAUUUAAAAGCAUUUAAUCAAGAGGCGAUUAGA